CGUAGCUAUCGAUAUCAUCAUUCAACUGUGUAUAGGCUAUUAGCUGGAUGGCAGUUCGUCAUUGGACUCGGCCGCACUUGGUGAAGCUUUGCUGACCGAAAAGUUACGAUACACUGCUUUGUAUGUGGAUGAAAGUAAUACCAGUGUACGCGUUAUAUCAUACAAACGAAGUCUUGCUUCCCCUGACAAUGGAAGAGAUUCUUGAUCAAAUCGGCCCAUGGCAUUAUAUGAUUUUGUAUCUUAACUCGGUUGGCGGGUUUCCAUACCCGUGGCGAGUGAUGGCGUUGCAGUUCAUGGCGCCAAAGAGUUUGGACUACUGGUGCGCACGACCUAAUGGUUCGAUUUCGCUCGAAGACUGGAGAACACUUAAUAAGGGCGUGGACUUACGCUGUUUUGUAAGAGAUAACGACGGAUCUGUCAAUGGGAGUGUCAAAAAAUGCAACGUUUGGGAGUUCGACCAUAGCUACCACACACGAACCCUGAUUGAAGAGUGGGACGCCGUGUGUGAUCAAAAAUGGCUUGUGGAUUCUUCCCAAUCAUUGUACAUGUCGGGAAUGCUUAGUACGCUGAUAUUUUCACAUAUUUCGGAUUGGUAUGGUCGUCGCACAGCCCUUCGAAUCUCACUCGUUCUGGCAAUUGUUACCGGUUUUGCCGUGGCGUUCACUUCAGACUUCUGGACCUUCUCCAUUCUGCGUAUGGCCAAUUCAGCCGUUGGUGUCGGCUUUUUCACUCUUGCUGUGGAGUGCGUAGGUACAUCAAAACGAGCAAUGAUGUCCCUAAGCAACGAAUUUGGUUGGUUCAUUGGGCUCAUAGUCUUUCCAUUGAUAACCUUCCAUGUCCGAAACUGGCGAAUGCUCCAGGUUAUCAGCACUAUACCUGAUAUUCUUCACCUCUUUUGUACUUUCUUCGUUGAUGAGUCUCCGAAGUGGCUCGUAUCGAUGGGUCGUUUUGAUGAAGCCAAAGAUCUACUGAGUAAGAUUGUUCGACGCAAUAACCUUCAGGACAUCGAUGUUCCGGCGAUUAUAAAGGAGGCACGCAAAAAAAUCGAAAAUGAAAAGAAAAAUAAGCCAAAUCGAAGGACUGCUCUCGAUCUCUUCCGGGGAUGUAUUAUUGCUCGGACUACCUUUGCCUGUACCAUCAACUACAUGACGGUCGUCCUCAUUUACUACGAACUCGUGUAUUUCACCGUGGAGCUCGGAUCCAAUCCAUACCUUAACCUCGUCUUCAUGGCCCUUAGCGAAGCGCCAAUAAGCAUAACGUCAUUUUUCGUCGUCUAUUAUUUGCGUCGAACGCCGAUGUACAGCGUCACUUACGUUGCUACCAUCAGUUCCCUGAUUGUUCUACUUUUUCUCCGUAACUCAUCAACAGCGCUACGUAUGACGUUCGCAUCGAUAGCGAAAUUAUCCGGCCAGGUAACCUGGAGUGUCCUCUACGUUCAUAUGAGCGAGAUUUACCCGACGCACGUCCGUUCUACCGUCAACGGCGUCGUGUAUACGGCAUCUUGGUUUAGUGCAGUUAGUGCACCGAUGUUAAACGCCCUGGGCGAGGCCACCUAUGCGUGGUUUCCAAUUGCGUUAACAAUUACUCUGAGUGUCAUAAGCUGGGGUAUAUCGUUUUUCCUUCCUGAAACUUUUGGUCGCCGUCUACCCGACACAUUUCACGAAUCAGAAGAAUUACUUCGAAGCCGCUGGAAGAAAUCGGAUCAAGAACCCAAGGAAACGGAGCUGACGGAAAAAACAGACGAAUAGAAAUUACGAAACGAUGAAUAAAUAGUCGUCCUGUAACGAACUAUG